GCGCUUACCAGCUUGCAUCUCUGUCUAGGAAGAAUGCUCUCCUACAUCCAGCGGAGACGAUCUUGACCCAGUACUAGAUUUCUCUUCCAACAGUUCUAAUUCGACUGCGCCGUUCAGCCAGCUCAGCCCUCUUCGAGUGCACAUGGCGGAGGGAGCGGCCAGUCUUAACAGCUCUCAAAGUGCGAGCCAGGCCAAUCACCCAGUUCCCGGACGCUUUCGGUGUCUUGAAUGCCAGCAAACGUUCGGCCGAGUUGAGCAUUUAACACGCCAUGCAAGGAGUCACAUGAAAGAGCGCUUUCUCAAAUGCUCCUACUGCCGUAAAGGCUUUUAUAGAAUAGACGCUUUGAGACGGCAUGAGCAAGUUCACAAUGAACCCAAACGGAGUGUCCUUGGAAAAGGAAAUCGGGCCUGCCUAGCAUGUGCAGCCGCUAGGAGAAAAUGCAGUGGUGGUAUUCCAUGCCUAGGCUGCCAAAAACGAACAGUCGACUGCAAAUACCCAGAGUCUGGCAGGUCACGAAGAGCUACUUCAACUCGGUUGACUGUGGGUGGUGAGGAUGCAACAUCACCUGUUGACGACCAAGAAACGCCAUCAAGAAGUGAGCACAGCUCUUCGAAGGCCCAAGUGUCUCCGAUGUCUUGGUCUAAUACAUCUGCCUCGCCGAGAAUGAAUCAAGAUCAGGAGCAAAUCCACACCACAACAGCCGAUUCUCUUCCUGGUACAAAUGAUCCAAAUAAUUUCCUCUUUCAAAGUCACGCUUCACCAGAAUAUGCAUUAUCUUUUGCUCGAAAUAGUGUUCAGAUGCCGAGCUCCAUAUCUCCUGGUCGAUCUGGUCACCACAACUCGCAGCCACUCACCUCCCCUACCAGCCGCAGUCAGCAACAAAACAUGGAGAUCCCUCCCAGCUCAGAACCAAUCCAGCCUUUCAUGGAACAACCAACCAAUGUUGGGUCUUUGGACAUGAACGCUCGCGCAGAGAUCAAGCAUCAUCAGCAUGAAAAUGGGGUACCAGAGCCGUGGUAUCAAAACAACUUUUCCUCGAUCAAUUGGCUCCCGGAUAACUGGACGCCUGAUUUCCAGAUGGGUGGUGACCUCGGCCCCUUCGAUCAACAUUCUCUCUUCUUUGGCCAAACUCCACAAGCUAGUAAUAUCACAUACCCCCUCACAAACUCGGGUCAGAAUCAAACAUCGCCUCGACACUUUCCACCCCGAGCAAGAGAUCCGCUAGGGCGGCAGUCACAAGCUGUAGAUGGCCAGGAUGUCUCAAGCCCGAGUACGCAAAGUACACACAGUGGCGGCCACUUUUAUGUUGACGGCGAUGGGGCAAGAUUGCCACGAGUUCGCAAGAUACCAUAUCGACAUUCGGAUUCGCACGCCCAUGCUUCCACGUUUGGAACCGAAGAAGCCUUCCCGGCAUUUAAAUUCCCAGAAACUGGGGACCUUCCAGAGGUUGCAGAGACUAAGCAAAUCCCUCAAGGUUCAUACACCGAAAUUAGAGAAAGCUUUACUCACACAUGCACCGCAACGACCCACUAUUCAAAGUUCUACAAUGUUGCAUUCCCUUCACGUCAGGUCUUGAGUCUCUGCAUACUCCUUUACCGAGACAAUUUUGAAUCAAUCCUACCAUUUAUACAUCCGGCUACCUUCAAUAUAUCCUCUUCUCAUUGGCUCCUCAUGUUAGCUAUGGCUGCAGUCGGAAGUCACUACCUUGAAAUUGAAGAUUCUGAGGGUUUCAGUGUUGCCAUACACGAGUUCUUGCGCAGGGCAAUAGAGGCUGUGAGCGAGAAUGGGGAAUAUCCGAGACCUUCCAAGUUACACUUUACCCAAAUCAGUCUCCUAAAUUGCGUGGGCAUGAUGUACUGCGGCGAUGAGCGACUUUCGAAAAUCGCGGAAGGCUACCACGGCGAUCUCGCAUCGUUUUGCAGCACGGAAUGGUCGAUGGCACGCUCAGACGUAGACCAAUCAAACAACAAUGGAAUGGAAGAUAUUGACUAUGGCUGGAGGAGAUGGUAUGAAGCAGAAAGCCGCCGACGUACAGGCUAUUGCAUAUGGUGGUUGGACUGUAUGUGGGCUUUCCACUUCCAAAGACGCCCUCUCCUGUCCUUAGAAGACGCUCGGGUUCCAAUACCAUGCCAAGAAGUUCUCUGGGAAGCGCAGACAGCUCUGGAUUGGCAGCAGCUCCAUUCCUGUGCUGAUCCGAACCCCUCUCUCCACGCAGCAAUCCAACUUGCCUACGUCGAAAAGCGCAUCCGGUCCUCUACAGGCGAGUUUAGUCGAAUCCUAUGCAUCCACGCACUCUUCCGCCGGACAUGGGAGGUUGAAUCAUAUUUCAAACAACCCCUCACGCUGUGGACCCCCACCGCAGAGAAACAGGACAUCAAGACCAUCACGAGAUCCAUGCCGGUCUGGCUACCAGGAAUACAAACCUAUUCCAAAUGGCGCAACUCAGCCUGCGACUCCCUGGACAUCCUUCACUGGCAUGCAAACAGCGUAAUAGGAGCAGCAUCAGGAAUGGAGCACCCCACAGUCCUGCACCUCCACCUCGCACGAGUCAUCCUCCUAACACCCUUCUGCCAAAUCCUCCAACUCGCCCACCUCAUGACGAACGAACCCCUCCCAACAACUGAAGAAGAUCUCGACAUCCCGACCCUCAAAAAGCACAUCCAACGUUGGGCCGUCGAAGACCAGCACAAAGCUCGUCUUGCCAUGAUCCACGCUGGCGCUCUCUUCUGGCACGUUCGCCGUUUUUCGGCAGAUGCUUUCUACGAGCCAUCCUCCGUCUUCCUCGCCACACUCGCGUUCUGGGCGUACGGCACAUUCGCAGCACGCACCUUACCGCCUUCCCAACCUAAGCCUGACUCCCACCCUCCUUCUCAAGCAGCCAACAAGGACGAUGACGACGAAGCCGAAUCUCUAUUCCCGACAUCCAUGCAGCUUGAUCGGCCAGCAGACGAUGAACUCGUCCAACUCUUCGUAAAAAGGGGCGCUAGCAUGCGUGCUAACAUCACCGGGGUCGGUAAUCUUUGUAGUGUGAAGGGACCGAUGAGGGUUCUUGUUGAGGGGAGGAAGCUACUGGCUGGGUUGAAGACAUGGGGGGAACGGAGGAGGGGGAUCAGGGUGCUGAGUGCUUUGAUUGAAGUUUGUAGGCAGGAUGUGCCGGGGGCUGGGAUGGGUGUUGGCAGUUAGUUAAUUAAGAGUAAUGGAGUUAGCUUAAGCUGCGCUCCUGAUUCAUCAUGCCAGAUUAAACGCCUUCUCUUUGGCCCUCUAAAGGAAAGGCAACACCAGGUAGCUCUGAGCUAUAUGUAUAGAUUCGAACACUUGCUUUCAAAAGGAAUGUCGCUUGACUGUCCCUUGAGUUUAGACCAAC